AUGUCGCAACGCAAAACGGUUAUUCUGGACCACGAUGGAGGUGUCGACGACUUGGUGGCACUCGCGCUACUCCUGGCAAACCCGGAACGCAUCAAAGUGAUUGGUGCGAUCGUGACGGAUGCGGACUGUCUCAUCGAUUACGCCUUCGACACCUCCGGCAAACUGAUGUGCCUCAUGCACUUGCAGGAGUCCAUGGAGCUCUUUCCCAUCGGCCGUAGCUCCUUCAAAGGGGUGAACCCGUUCCCCUGGGAGUGGCGUUGUACCGCGUCCGACAUGAACUGCCUCCCCUCCAUCAACCACCCUUCUGUUCUGGAAUUGUGGGCGAAGGAGCGGCCGAAGCGCGAGGGCCUUGUCGGGGAGCAGCUCCUCGCCGACCUCGUGAUGAACUCACCGGAGAAGGUCACCAUUUGUGUCACAGGGCCUCUUUCAAACGUGGCGUGGUGCGUCACGCGGUACGGUCGGGCGUUCUGUGACAAGGUGGAGGCCUGCGUCGUGAUGGGCGGCGCGGUCGACGUGAAAGGGAACGUCUUCAUCGAAGGGAGGACGGACGGGACGGCGGAGUGGAACAUCUUCUGGGACCCACCCGCGGCCCGGGUCGUCCUGACGAACCCAGACCUGCGCAGCAUUCUCUUCUCACUGGAUUCGACCAACUAUGUGCCCAUCGUGCCGAAGAUGAUUCAGCGGUAUGGCGCGCAGAAUGAGUACGUCCUCUCUCAAUUUGUUGGCUCGGCGUGGAGUGGCUGCUUGCAUGUGGGGCUUAUACGCCCGGAGGAUGGCUAUUACGCGUGGGAUGUCUUGACGGCUGCGUAUAUCGUGGAUCCCUCGAUUGCGGAAAUUGAGUCUGUCCCACUGGAUGUGGUGGUCGAAAAGAACCCGAGCGAGGGGAGGACCAUCCGGUCGGAAAAAUCGCCGGGUAACACAUGGAUCGCGAAAAAUCCCAUUGCACACAAAUUCGAUGAUCUUGUUGUUUUGAGCAUGCGAAAAUGUCCAAUGAAGCAUUAG